AGGGUCACACCACACCUUUCAAUUGUCUAAGCGCAUGUGAUAAGCGCGUACAAAUUAUGAACUUAUCGUUCAAUAACGAGUGUGUUUGGAAACUCGUGACUUCGAAGUGAAUUAGACCGUUUGGAAAGAUGGGUAAUUGCUGUUCGUCCGUGUGUCCGAAAUUGAUAAAGAGGGUUCAACGUCCACACGAACAUAACAUUGUACCCGAGUGCACAGGACUAGAGUGCAACUUGCCAAAACCACCAGAACUUACUAUAAAUGGGGACAACCACAGCCGCUCGGUGCUGACGAUCGUGCACGUGGAUUACUGCAUCGAAGACAAUGGGGAGGCCCACUAUACAUCGCGCUACGAAUUGAUGAACAGAAGUGGCAAUCAGUCUCGUCUGGUCGUACGUCGCGGUCAUCCCUUUCAUUUGGACAUCAGCUUGUCGCGUAAUUAUGACCCAGCGAUCGAUGGUAUGUCUAUCGUGUUCACGGUGGACGGUAUUAAGAGACCGCAGUACGGCCAUCAUACGCUCGUCGCGUCAGCGGUUCUACAUCCUGGGGAAGUUUCCGAGGGUACAUGGCAAACUGUCGUUGAAGCUUAUGCUGAGAAUUCGUUGAGAAUCAAGGUUACGCCGUCGGCAGACGCUAUUGUUGGCAAGUGGCGCAUGGAAAUCGACACGAAGAGACGGGACUCCGAGGGUGCUGUGAGCUUCACGGUCGACUAUCCGUUUUACUUGAUAUGCAAUCCCUGGUGUCGAGAGGACGUGGUGUUUUUAGGAAACGAAGCCGAGAGGCAAGAGUAUGUGCUAGCUGAUACAGGACUCAUAUGGCGUGGUACAAAAGAUCAGAUGAGACCGACGGUUUGGAAAUACGCACAAUUCGAGAAGGAUAUCUUGGAUUGUGCUCUAUACACGAUGAUCGAAGUUGGCAAGGUGCGGGUAUCCGGUCGGAACGAUCCUGUUGUCAUUACUCGAUGCCUCUCUGCUGCCGUGAAUUCACAAGACGAUUACGGGGUUGUACUGGGUAACUGGUCAGAAGACUUCGGUGGUGGCACCCCACCGACGCAGUGGCUAGGCUCACAGAAGAUCUUACAGCAGUAUUACAAGACGAAGAAGCCCGUGAAGUACGGCCAAUGUUGGGUGUUCGCGGGUGUGUUAACGACGGUUUGCCGGACGCUUGGUAUUCCCUGCCGUACCAUCACUAAUUACUUAAGUGCUCACGACACGCAGAGCAGCUUGACUAUAGAUUACUUUGUGGAUGAGGAAGGCAAAACCAUGCCUGAGUUGGCUAGCGAUUCGAUAUGGAACUUCCACGUGUGGAACGAGGUGUGGAUGAAACGAUUGGACUUGACGGCAGACCAGCACGGUUGGCAGGUGAUAGACGCGACGCCCCAAGAGCUCAGCGAAAAUGCCUUCCGCUGUGGUCCAGCCUCCGUCGCGGCGAUCAAGCGUGGUGAGGUACAUCGACCCUACGAUAUUAGCUUCGUCUUCGCUGAGGUCAACGCCGACAAAGUUUUCUGGCGAUACAAUGGACCAACGCAGCCCCUUAAACUUGUUGGCAAGGAUAUUUAUGGAGUUGGACGAAAUAUCAGUACAAAAGCUGUUGGGAGGUGGGAACGCGAAGACAUAACACACCAUUACAAAUACCCGGAAAAAUCGGAAGAAGAGCGGGCCGCCAUGUUAAAGGCGCUGCGCCAAAGCGAAUCGUUGUUUAGCCGUUAUUACCUCAACGAAGAAUUCAAUGACAUUAUGUUCAACUUUGAACUCAAAGACGAUAUUAUCAUCGGUCAGCCAUUCAACGUUGUACUGACGGUGAAAAAUCACAGCUAUGUGGAAACUUAUCAGGUUUCUGUAAUUCUGCGUGUGGAAGCUGUCACGUAUACAGGUCGAAUUGGUGAUCCCAUAAAACGCUCGGACACUGAACGUUUUAUCAAACCCAGUGCAACCGAUGAAGUGAUUCUCGAGGUAUCCUGGGAGGAAUACAGUUCGAGACUUCUAGAUCAGAGUGCUUUUAACAUAUCUUGUCUUGCCACUGUUAAGGAUACCAACUUUGAGUAUUUCGCGCAGGAUGAUUUUCGUGUUCGGAAACCUGAUAUUGUUAUUGAGCUGGAAUCAAGCCCAGUCGUUGGCGAACUGCUAGAAGCAACGGCACAUUUUAAAAAUCCAUUGCCAAUUCCUCUGAAACGUGGCAAAUUCUUAAUAGAUGGACCAGGCCUUGAAGAACAAUUGAAACUACGACUCUCUGAAAACGUAGAAGUUGGUGGUAAAGCAGCUUGUCGAUUCUCCAUGACACCAGGAUUUUCGGGCAGAGCAACGAUUGCCGCUAAAUUCUACUCGCGAGAGCUCGACGACGUCGACGGUUUUCUCAACUUCAUGGUUAAGCAUAAGCCUUAUGAGCCUUACUCAUCUCGCAACAAUUAACGCUAGUCCAAUGAUUCUCAUUCGAUCUUCUACACUUACACGCUGUCAAAAUUUCGUAGACUUUUUUUUCUUUUGUUUUUACGAACUAGAGUCCAAGUUGAUGUAUUUAUUAGCAAGUAUUUCUUUUUGUACGUUAUUAUUUAUGAGUAAUCUUUAAGUAGGCAUUUUUGAAAAGUUUUAGUCUAUCUGAACAGCAACGUUUCAGUGUAUAUAAAUCUUUUAGAUAGAACAUGAACUUAGAAUAUUAACUUAUGUUUCCCAAAAAUAAGCACAAGACCAUUUUAUUUUUGUCAUAAAACAUUAUUUUUAAUAUCUUAUUUUGAGCUAUCCUUUUAUAGAUAGUAGACUUUUGUAUUUAUUACGUAUAUCCGAUCGCUUAUUGUCUGUAGUAUUACUACCGUUUCAAGUUUUAUAUUUAAUAUACAUUCUAUUUCACAGUACUUUUCUAUUUAAUCCUCUUGUAAUAUUAUAUUCACAUCGUUUAUGGUAUUUUUGUCGUAUUCUUUAUAUACUUUGUUAAUGUACUUACUGAACAAUACUAAAAAUCUGAAUUACAACAAACGUCAAUUUAACAAUUUGAGGCAAGAAUCGUAAAUUAGAAGGACUGUCUAAAAUUAAAUUAAAGUUAAAUAUCAAUUAUCUGAGUGUUAUUAAUAACUUUUGUUCAACUAUCAAUUGCACAUUUUUUAAUGCUAUUGCCAAUUUUUGUUCAAUUAUCAAUUAAAAACUUUUGCUACUUCAAAAUUCAACUCCACAUAAAAUAAUAAUUAUUUUAUCGAUUAUCAUAACAAAUCUUGUUACAUUCCAUAACAUAUUAUAAGUAAAAAAAUCAGAGAAGAAUUCAUUAACGUAACUACUUCAAUUCUACUUUGAAUUUCUGCUGAUGCGGCAGGAAAGCUUGUACAAGUGUAAUGCAGAUAUGAAAAGAGAGGGGAAAACAACAUUGGAAUACCGACCUGCCUUCUUGAUUACACAUUUUUGUGAGUUUUCGUAGUUCAUAGAAAAGUUUACUUAAAGACGAAUUGGGUGAAAUAAGAGUAACAUGAAAUGAGGUCGAAAUGUCACAAUGAAAAAUCACAAAACUUAUCUUCUUACGCUAUCGGCUUGUGUAAACAAAAUAUUCUUCAUUCUUGAGCUUAUUCUAUCCAUGAAUCGUUGAAAAAAAUGUGAAAAUCCAUUCAUUCAAAAAUAUUAACAAUAUAUAUAUAUAAAACACGUUGAUGUUUUCGUUCACUGUCUAUUAGCUCGAUCUUGUCUUCUAUUUUAUCAUCAUAUCCUCCUAUCUUGAAAAAAUUAUGAGUCGCCGGCAUCUAUCAUGAUUUUGUUCAUGCGAAAAAAAGAGAGCAAACUUUUAAAUUUUCAUAUAUACUGUUAAACGGCUGUAUUAUAUAUCUAUCAGCAUGAAAAUUUAUAUUUCAGUAGUAAAUUCCAUUUAUGAAUAAUUAAAAUGAAUAAUAAUCUACGAAAAUGGAAAUAUGCCGUUAAUAUAUCGUUAUAAGAAAAUAAGAAGUUAUCUUUUUAAAUUACAGUGUAAUAAUUUCUGAUUAUGCUCGCAAAAGUAACAUGUGAAUUACAAAAUACGAAUUAAUAAUUUGAUAUAGCAUCUGUGAAGAUAAUAGUAUCGUCUUAAAGUGUGAUUGGAAAAGAGAAAAAGUGAAUAGAAUAUAAUGGAUCAUAUAAUAUUUUCAAUUCUUACAUUGUAAAGUCAGAGGUUGCGGGAAACGAAAACUAAUGAUUAGAAUAUGAAAUUGGAAAAGUUUUCAUGGGUGUUUUAUAUAUAACUAAUACUAACAUAACACUAGGGUCAUAGAGAACAUCUACUAUUGAGUAAAUUUAUUAUAUGAUAUUAUUGAAAUAACGCUAUUACAAAUGAUUGAUGUGAUAAUUUGGACUACAUACGGGUUUCUUUUCUUGUUUUUUUUUUUACAUCGUUGAUGUCGUUAUUUUUAUCAGCAGUUAUAUGUUUUCAGACAUAAAUAUUUUUUAUUCAUCCAAGCCAUCUUGUCUUAGCUAACAGAAGAAUUCAACAAUUAAUAC